AUUCUCCUUUAGAAUAGGGGAAGUUUCUAUCCCCCAUCACUAUAUAAGCAACACCACUUACCUCAGUGUGUUACAUCAAGAAGAGACUCCUGAUUAGAUUGCAUGACAAUCCAGAACUAUGGCUCGUCAGACUGAUGUGGUGUUACUUCUUUUACUCGCCACAGCAGCAACAGCUUUGUAUGCUGAGGUGGUGCCUCUGUCAGAUGCUUAUUUUGAUAAGAUCGUACAGGAAGCCGAACAGCGUCAAGUAAAUGAUAGAUGUUCCAAAUGCUGUCCAUUCGGCUGGGUGCAAUAUAACGGACGUUGCCUCAUAUAUCAGGCCGCCAAGAUGAUCUGGGCUUCCGCUGAGAAACAAUGUCAGGAUCUCGGCGGACACUUGAUCUCAGUACACAGUGAAAACGAGUAUCGAAUGGCCAAGGCCCUUAUCCGUACUCAUGACUCCGCGGAGAAUCCAACAUGGAUCGGCCUUUCUAGCUGUCAGAAGAAAAAUAAGUGGUUUUGGUCCGAUGGCACCAAAUUGAUUUACACCAAGUGGAACCCAAGAGAACCAAAUCAUCUCCUUGGAGAGUGUUGUGUGCAUAUGAACUACGGCAAACAAAGGGACUGGAAUGACAUUCGCUGUAAAAAGAAAUUUCCCUUUGUGUGUGCCAAGAAGCUUUACUGAAAUGCUCACAGCUUCCCCUCACCAACUAUAAUACUAUUAUACUAAGUUUUCCUUGUCACUGAUGGAUUUACAAAAUCCUCACUGUGCCAGUUUAGCAUAGUGUCAGCAAUAAAAAAAAUCUUUAGA